CCACCUUUCCCACCUCGCCCCGUCAGCCACGGGGGAAGCGGCUGAGGCGCGGCGGCGGCGGCGGCUGGGCCGGGCCCUGAGGGGAGAGAGACGGAAAGACAGACAGGCUCAUGCCUCUGCAGAAGAAAUUUGCAAAUUUUGAAUGCAAAACAAAAGUCAAGAGGCGAAGAUGUAAUGGAAGAACCGAGCAUCCAGGUGAAGCAAUUUGCUUGAUGUGUUACACCUCCAAACCAAGUUAUGUAUAAUGAAAGUGGAAAGCAAAAAGUGACCUCUACGUAUAAGGUGACCAGUGAGACCUCAUGACCCUGCUUUAGGAGGCAGAUUCUGCGAGGAUGUUACAUCACCACUGCCGGAGGAACCCUGAGCUACAGGAAGAGUUGCAGAUCCAGGCUGCGGUGGCUGCUGGAGAUGUUCACACUGUGCGCAAGAUGUUAGAGCAAGGUUAUUCUCCAAAUGGUAGAGACGCCAACGGCUGGACCUUGCUCCACUUCUCAGCAGCAAGAGGGAAAGAAAGAUGCGUUCGUGUAUUCCUGGAACAUGGAGCUGAUCCCACAGUGAAAGACUUAAUUGGAGGCUUCACUGCUCUACAUUAUGCAGCCAUGCACGGCCGAGCCCGGAUUGCGCGCCUGAUGUUGGAGUCGGACUACCGCGUUGAUAUCAUUAAUGCGAAGAGUAACGAUGGCUGGACUCCACUGCAUGUGGCAGCUCAUUAUGGCAGAGACUCAUUUGUCCGACUUCUGCUGGAGUUCAAGGCUGAGGUUGAUCCACUCAGCGACAAAGGUACUACACCACUUCAGCUGGCCAUUAUCCGCGAAAGGUCCAGCUGUGUCAAAAUACUCCUCGAUCACAAUGCCAACAUCGACAUUCAAAAUGGCUUCCUGUUACGCUAUGCUGUGAUCAAAAGCAAUCAUUCUUAUUGCCGGAUGUUCCUUCAGAGAGGAGCUGAUACAAACUUGGGGCGCUUAGAAGAUGGGCAGACACCAUUGCACUUGUCUGCUCUUAGGGAUGAUGUACUCUGUGCACAGAUGUUAUACAACUAUGGUGCAGACACUAAUACAAGGAACUAUGAAGGACAGACUCCGCUGGCGGUUUCAAUAAGUAUUUCUGGAAGUAGCCGACCUUGUUUGGAUUUCCUGCAAGAAGUAACAAGACAGCCCCGGAACUUGCAAGAUCUAUGCCGAAUUAAAAUCCGCCAGUGUAUAGGCCUUCAAAACCUCAAACUACUUGAUGAACUACCAAUUGCCAAGGUCAUGAAAGACUACUUAAAACACAAAUUUGAUGACAUCUGACAUUUCUCAAAAGAUUGGGACAAUAAGCAAGAUUAGUUUAUAUUCCAGAUACCUUUCAAAGGCUGGUCACCUUGCACAACGUAUAUCCUAUGCAAUUUCUGAUUUUUUGUUUUUUCCGAGAAGUCAGAAGGCAGGUAUACAAUUCCUUUGGGCGGAGGGGUGUUUUAUACCAAAUGUUAGAAGGUCUUAAUUUUUUGAUUUCUUGGUCCAAGUUUACAAAAUCCAAGCUUUCUAUACAACUUUACACUUGUGGGUUUGGGUUUAAUUUUUUGCAAGGGAUGUUUUUGUUUUGUUUUUUAAGCAUCAUUUUUAAAAACUAAAACUUGCAACAUCUGAAUGAAGAAGGAACGUCACUUGUUCAAAGGAAGCCUUCCCCCCACCCUCACCCCCUGUAGCAUGUGUAAUACUGUGAGAUGGCUGAGUGAAUGCUAAACAAAAUAAAGGCAGGAGACAUAAGGGAGAAAUCCACCAGGUGCUGUUGUGUUCCUCUAUUCAUGGAGAAACCUAAGCAAUCCCUCUGAAAUGGGCGGGGGGUGGGGGCUGCAUGGCAACAGUGCUUGGUGAAUUAAACCCACUAGCACUGCUCCUGUACAAAGGACCAACAUGGGCACCACUUAUGCCCCGUAAAGUGUUCUGGCAAUUGAUUGGAUUCCAUAUGGACACAAUUUUCUGCCCGUACGGAGCUUUUCUCAGAAUCAUAGCUCAGGCUUGUAACUAGGGUGUUCGGAGUUUACUAUAAACAUGGCAACUCUUUGGAAACAUUGCCACCUUCAUUAUUAUUAUUAUCAUUAUUAUUUUUAAGUACAAGUUCGAUUUUUAACAUAAUUAUUGUAGUUCAGAUGUCCAUAUGUCUUAUCCCCCUUUGAUGCCAGUACAUGGAUUGCUGUUUGUAAUUAAGUUUUACACUGCUCAGAUGCCUCUGUGGUCUCUGUGUAUUUCUCUCUCUCUAAAAGCAUUAACAAAAAAACAAAUCUAAUUUCAAAGCAAACACAUCCUGUUUUUCAUAUAGUGCUUCACAUACAAUUUUUUUUUUCAAUUUAUAUUUUCUUCAUCCACAUGUGACUUUCACACAUUCCUACCCUGGCCUCAACAUGAUGUUUGUUACUAUUGGAAUUGCUGCUCUAUUAUUUUUUGUUAUCCCCUCCCAAAUUUCAAAGACAUCUAAUUUGAACUGUUGUGUCUCAUAUUUGACUUUCCCAUGCAAGAGGCCAAUUUGUGCUGUAAAGACCAGUUUCUGAGCUAGCAAUUUGUUUUUAAUCUUUUUAAAAGGGGCUCCGUAAUUUACUCUUAUGUUUUCAGCUUGGUUGAUAUUAAGGUUGGGUUGAUCCAAACUUCUACCUUGCUCAUAUGGACCAUGUGAAAUCCACUCUCUCUCUCAAAAAAAAAAAAAAAAUCCUGCAAAUGUCAAUUGAACACACAUACUCAUGCGCACACUCGCCUCUUGCCUACAGCAGAUCUGAGCAAAACUGACAUCUAAAGUUCUCAGAUCUGAAUGUGAACCCUGUGUAUACAAUUUACUUUCAGAGGUAUAUUGAAGCAUUAAUUAUUGAUCAUAACCAUCACAAAAUUCGCAUUGGUCCUGGCCCCUUUUGGUCUCUGAGAAUUACAACCUCACUCUAACGAGAGUUUCUCACUAGCAAGGAAAUAGUCAUCUGAGCAAACAUCUUGCAAAAGCCCAGUUUGUGCUUUUUAGCUUGAAACUGGUAUAUUAUUAUAUUGAUCACAUCGACUGCUAUGGGUAUUGUCGAUAAAGCCUGUUCAUUGACGGAUGUUGAGAUGAUCACAAAUUGGUUUCUGACAGUUGUCCUCUUUAUAUUUCAGUGGCUUUAUCAAGCUCUGCCAUGAUUUUGAGACCUGGAGCUUUUUUAUUCAAUCUCAAAUUUGACACAGAUUAUAUUAGGGGAAUACUGUUCUCUCUCGCUGAACUGUUGCCAGUUUUCAAGCACAGCCCUUCCCCUACUUUCUUGAAGGGCAAACAGGAGGCAGGUAAUUUGGGAUCAAUUCCACUUCUUAACUGAUAAUUCGUGAGAGCAGCAGUGGUACCCAUUUUCAUAAGCAUCACUCCUAUUGCUGUUAAGGGCCUACAAGGAACUAUGAUAGUAAGGAUGGCGUUUUGCUCUGUUAGCCCUCGGUUAAGCAAGCAAGCAACAGAUUCAUGACUCAGCAGCAUAAGGUAACGGACUAGUGGCUUUUUUCCCUUUCAUCAAGCAUCCCUUCUACUUAAGUAGUUGCCAGACGAAAGUGUGGUGUUUGCUGAAGAACAGUAAUUGAAUGGCCAACUAGUCCCUGUCCCCCCAUUAACUGUAGCCAUAGUCAAGUCAAGUGUGUGAUUUGCUAUAGUGAAUGCAAGGAUUUUACAUGCUUUGGAGAACAAGGCCCGUAUUUUCUAGUAGCUUAGCUACUGUUAAGUUUUGAUCCAAGAAAAGUUCAAAAAGCCCUCCAAUGGUCAAUCUUUUCUGAUUUUUAGGUUCUUUGGUAUCUAAGACCCCCAAACCAGAGGAAGUUAGUCGUGCUUACGUGUGGUGAGUUGACACAAUAGAGUUGAAGGUCGGAAUCAGUUUGGUUGACGUUCUU